AUGUCGCCGCUCAAGUUCUCUCUGGCUGCACUUGCAGUUGCAAGCCUUGCUACCACCAGUCUAGGCUGCGAGGUUGGCGAUCCUUUCCCAUGUGUAAGCACCAGGACUGUUUCAGACCGAAUACUGUCUCGGCUCGUCUUUUUUACUAGUCUCUCGCUGACACAGGGACGUUUGGUACAGUGCAAUAGCCUCAAACUGGUCGGGCUUGGCAGCAGACUCCUGUUCCCAAACAGCACCGCCUACACUGAGCGAGAAGACUCAUUCUUCUCACUCAACGAGCGGCUCCAGCCAACCUGCAUCUUCCAGCCCGUCGACGCAGCUGAAGUGUCCUUGGGUUUGACCACCCUGCUCGAGGUGCCUGCUUGCCAGAUCGCUGUCCGCAGCGGGGGCCACCACCACGCAGCGGGUAGCAACAACAUCCACGACGGCGUGACCAUUGACCUCGUCAAGCUUAACUCUGUAUCCUAUGAUGAAAGCACCCAGACGACAAAAGUCGGCCCCGGCGCGCAGUGGGGUGAUGUGUACCGCUACCUCGACCCAAUGGGGCUGGCAGUCGCCGGCGGGCGCGACGCCACUGUCGGUGUGGGCGGGCUCAUCAUCGGGGGCGGCAACAGUUUCUACUCUGCCCGGCGCGGCAUGGUCUGCGAUGGCGUGGUGCGGUUCGAGGUUGUGCUUGGCAGCGGCGAGAUUGUCGUGGCCGACACGAACACCAACGCGGACCUGUGGGUUGCCUUGAAGGGCGGACAAAACAACUUUGGCAUUGUGACGAGUUUUGAGCUGGACACGUUCGAGACUGGACUGCUCUGGGGCGGCACGGUGUACUACAGUCUUGACAAGCGGCAGACUCUGAUCGGCGCCUUCAGCGACUUUGCCGACAAGGUGGACGAGAACACCGCGAGCUCGUCUAUAUUGUUCUGGUCGUGGCAGCCCUCGGUCCAGUCGACCCUGAUUGGCACGUCAUUCGUCAACGUCGAUAAUGUGGUCUACGACGAACCGCACGAGGAAUUCUACGCAAUCCAGAAUCUGACUUCAUCGAUGCGAUCGACGAACAUCACGGACCUGACCGAGCUCACUGACCGUUCUCUGCCAUACAGCUGUGUCGAGUUUACGUUCUCUUUCAAGAACGACCCCCGCGUAAUGAACAAAGUCAUCGACCUUCACGAUGCGGUGGUCGCCACGUUCGAACAGCAAAGCAAGGAUUUCAUCUCGGUGGCUAUGUUCCAGCCGCUGGCGCAGUCCUACGCCCAACAAGGCACUGCCAGGGGUGGCAACGUGCUCGGUCUGGACCAGUUCCAGGAGACGAGGAUCUUGAGCAUCAUCUGGCUGCAGGUAAAGCCUGAGCUUGUGGCGACGGCGAGAGAGCUUGUUCAGGGAUGGUACGACGAGAUCCAGGCUUUUGCAAAGAGCGUGGGCAAGGACAGCGACUGGAUCUACCUGAAUUAUGCCUACGGCAGCCAGGAUCCCAUCGCUGGGUAUGGCAAGGCUAAUGUGGACAAGAUCCGUGCCGCAGCGGCUAAGUACGACCCAGCUGGGGUAUUCCAGACUCGGGUUCCUGGAGGCUUCAAGGUGUCCAAGGUGUCAUUGUGAUUCCUGAUGGGCGGAUGGGGCGUAAAGGUGGCAUGGACUUGCCAGUCGAACCGUGUACAUGGCUGAUUCCUUCCAUUGCGC